AUGUCGCAACGAGUCACCUCCCUUUCCGAGCUCGAUUCAAUGAAUCCGACAGAUGAGCAACGGCGUGAUGCAUUACCAGGCAGUCAAAAUCCGUUACAACCCACCGGAGCCUCUUUUGCCCGUGCGGCAGCCCCAGUAAGUGACGGACGACCGAGCGGGGAACUGGAGGGAAGUACGUUGGGUAGCAGCUCUCGCGAAGGCGACAGGAGGACACCAGGUCAGCGCAGGACGCAAAGCUCAAGUAGCUUCUUGCUAGAGUCUCUACCUCGCGCUAGAAGCUCUAGGAUUGGUGGGCAUCGAUCUCGCCCUUCCGCACCACCUGCGCAAACAUUCAACGUCCCCGAAUUCGAUAUCCUUGUGCCCAAGAAACGUUCUCGCUUCCCAUGGAGUCGACACAAGACUUCUGCCUCCGAGUCAACUUCAGCGGGACCUACAUCGAGCCCAGAAGUUGUACAGCAACCCUCUGCGCCUCCACGUGUACUGACAUCCGAGAACUCAUCUCGGACCACCUCUAGCACGCACGAGACAGGCCAUUCCACUCCCCCUGGGUUUGACCGAGACUCUAUUCAGAUUGUGAACUUAGCUUUAAAUCUGAAUGAGUCUCGAAAACGGGCUGCUUCUGGAAUACCUCCAAACACAAACGGACGGCGACCGCUGUCUGUGUCACUUCCUGCCUCUGCGCCCGUGGAGCUACAUACGCCAUCUCCAAGGGGAAACAAAGUGAUACGGGAUUCGUCAUAUCGCUCGGCCCUUGCCGAAGGGCUUCCACGAGGUACUACACAAGGUGGCCAGUCUCCAGUGGUGGAUCUUUUGCCAUCUACCGUAUUGGAUGACAAUCGGGUGUAUGAGUUCUCUGAUCGAACGCUUGCUCGUGCGGAGAGAGCCCGCCGCCAUUUUGAUCUAUUCCACGAGUAUCUUCGGCUGCUUCCUUCCCUGCCGCCUUUGCGAAAGCCCCGACCCACUGAUGAUUCCGAUUCAUCAGAGCCAUCUCCCGCCACACCAACGGUCCGCAAUUAUAACCCACUUCAAACGAUUCGGAAUCGACGAGUCAGGUAUCGUGAGAAAUGUCCCAUUGAUGCAGAAGCGGAAGGUUGGCAUGAUGUUGGGAAGGUCCAUGAAUGGAUUGAUGCUAUUGAGAAGAAGCACAAUCACAAAUCUUACGAUGAGAUACAAAUUGUUAAGCUUCCGUCUUUCCAAAAAUCACAAAACCAGAUGACUCAUGGCGAAGCUGAGGAUUUGGAGAUGACUAUUUCUCCACCUGCAAGCUUGAGGCGUGUCAGCCGCACCAAUAGCAUGAAGGCACCCCGUCGACGUCUUGACUGGAAAAUUUUGCCCGCAGAAUUACUGGCCGAUGUCGCCUGGCUUGAGGACGGUGUCAAUAAAGCAAAAAUUGUCGACAAAGAUGGCAAUAAGCUAUAUCCGGACCCUACAGAUCUCGUUCUGGUAGACACUGAUGUGGACCGAGAUUCACAAAUUCAACGGCUGUCCGUUGAAAUGAGAGAUCCUCUCCAGGAAGAAAUGGCUUCUCGUCACAGUUCUCUGUCAAGCUCUCGUCCAGCACUAGCCCCGGAAUUCAAAAGCGUCCGCCGAGGGCGGCACCAUCAACGAUUUCACAGCCAUUCGCACAGCUUACGGAGCCGCAGCGCUUCUAGUUCGCGAAAGCAUUCACGAUGGGACAAAGUGAGAAUACGCACCGGCAGUAUUUCAAGCGAGUCUGGUGCAGAGCCGCGAAAGCAGGCAGGGCUUGGGCAUUCACGAAAGGAUUCCGAAGUCCUAAGACAUCCAGCUGCGAACUCCUCGGGAUCUCAUAGAUCAUAUGGCAAAUCUAUUACCGCCGGUGACAUUCGCAUGAUUGAGAGCCAGAAUCAAUCAUCGACUCUUCCGUCCAGUACGAAACCAGCCUUUGCCCAUAGAAAGGCUUCCUUUUCGUCCGCGGGAAGUAUGGAUGACAGAUACAAUCCAAGGAUGUCCUACGAUGCCGUGGAUAGCACUGCUCCGAACUCCCCGGCCCAUGCUGGCUACUUUCCUAGUAUCGCAGUCAAUCUGUCUCCGCCUUCCAGCCGAUCCCCCUCUCCAGCCAAAAGAGGGCUUCGCCAUAAAAUUGUGUCGCGUCACGAAAGAAGCAAGAGUAAGCAAGGUGAUCGAGAGCUCCGCCGUCACGAACUUGGCAAUCUGGAUGUCAUGGCCCCAUCACGCCCUAUGCCAGCAUCACUUGGACCUGCAGAUCACGUCUCCAAGCUUGAUCCAAGCCCCCUACCUGAUGUUGUGUCUUCUUCCUAUACCGAUGAGCAAGACGCAGCCGAUAGUCAACAAGUUGAGGAGUACAGAGGACGGAAAGGCCAGUAUUCAACGGAUUCCAAAUUACGUGGAAUUUUUAAAGGACCUGGUCGGAUAGCUGAAAUUGUUGGAAAUGAGGUCUCUAAAGUUGGAGACCUGAUUCUAAAGAAGGAGCCGAUCACCGAUUCCCGCCAAUAUUCAUCUGCGACUACGCUUGGCUCAGAUGAUAGUGACUCAGACGCCGAGGAGAAGCGAACGGACAAGCGAUCUGGCCCGAAGGGACUUUUGAAACGCUUGCCGAACCUCGCGGAUGAAUCUGGUCGUCUCACUCGGAGAGAGUCGGAGAGAGCCCCAUCGUCUCGAAAUUUGAUGCCGUCUCUGCCGACUUUCACGUCGCCUCUGAGACAAGACGAGCGACAUGACUCUUCCGACGCUCUUGAGCUUGGGAGCCCCAGUGAUCGCAACUUUUCCUCGCGAGAAGCGGAUAACCAAGAGGGUCCGAAGCGAAUAUCUCUGUCUCGUAGCAAGACGCUCGAUUUCAGCCCGACUCUUCAGUCGAACCGUGGUCGUCUGAAGAAUCGCGCCAUCAAGGAUCCCUCUGUUCCUUUCAGUCUGACCCGCCCCCCAGUAACUGGCCUUGCUCAGGCCCGAGCUUCCCCCUCCCCUUACGAGAGAAGACCUACUUUGUCUGGGGCAACACGUACCUGGAGUAUCUCAGACCGCAGUUUGCAUACAUUGAAUGAUUUUGGUGUCCCCAGAAAAACAGAGGUUGAGCGCACACGAACCCUCCUUCUGUCUUCGGGCAUCAAGGCAAGAGAAAUCGCUCGUAGAGCUCACAGCGCCCGUGAUCCACCUCACUGGCUGCAAAGCUCACUGGGCUCUAAUACGGCGAUACCUCGAGUGACUCGACUUGAAGAAUUCGACGUCGCCGCUCAGAGUUACCUACGCCGCUUUGAAAUGACCCAGUACUCGUUUCAACAAUCGAUGCACCAUUUCAGUUCUGCUACUUCCUCUCCUCUACGGUCGCAACUGAAGGAUCUGGAGGCACUCAUCAAUGAAUCCCUCACACCUCGAGCCCGGCAAACUGCUGAUAUCGCCGAGGAUCUAUGCAUUCAGCUCAACACCACUAGUACGCUUGCCGUGAAAUCUCUUAGCGAUGCCUUAGAUAAGGGUAUUCGAAAGAGGCGUCGUCGAUUACGUUGGGUCCGGCGUACCGGCUUCGUCGUACUGGAGUGGGCGCUUGUCGCUAUGCUAUGGUGGGUUUGGUUGAUUGUAAUGGCUUUCAAGCUAUUGCGUAGUGUCUUUCGCGGUGCUGUCGCUGGGGCGCGGUGGAUUUUAUGGCUUUGA